AUGGAUGUCGUGGGGUGGUCGUGGAACCACUCCUCAUUGACGCGGUCAUUGGCAAGGUACAAAAAGGCAUUCGACUCGGUGCCUCAUACAUGGCUUAAGAGGGUCCUUGAGCUGUACAAGGUUAACUGUACAGUUCGAGACUUACUCGGGCAGUGUAUGGGGCAGUGGAGUACGAUCCUUUGUCAUCUAGGCGAGCGGAUGACGGCUGCGGAGAGCCAUAUAAGGAUAAGAAGGGGUAUCUUCCAGGGCGAUUGUUUGAGUCCAAUCUGGUUCUGCCUCUCUCUGAACCCUCUCAGUACCUUACUGGAGGGUUCCGGGAGGGGAUUUCAGCUUCGGAAAGGAGGUACAAAAGUGACCCACCUUUUCUAUAUGGAUGAUCUCAAGUUAUUCGCCUCCAGCCGCUCUCAUCUUAUGGAAUUGCUAAACAUCACUUGUGAUUUUAGCAAUUAUAUUAGAAUGGAGCUGGGGACGGAUAAAUGUGCGUUCCUCCAUGUCGAAAGGGGAAGGGUUGCUAACUCUGAGGGCAUAGAUUUAUCUAUGCCCAUCAGCAUAAGGACCCUUUCCGAGGCUGAAACAUACCGAUACCUGGGUAUGUCACAGAACAUCGGUGUCGAUGAGGCGGGUAUGAAGCAGUCAGUUUGCAAUAUGUUUUGUGCACGCUUGCCAAAAGUGCUUAACAGUCUUUUGUCGGGCGUUAAUAAGACACACGCAUAUAAUGGUUGGAUCAUGCCUGUUCUCAUGUAUACGAGGGUGGAUUGA